GGAGGAGGGGCUAGGGGCGGGCCGGGUCCAGCUGGGCCAGGGCUCCCUUCUUCCCCCUACCCCCAGCGCUCUGGCUCCGUGCCUGUGCUGGGCUCCCCGCCCCCUGGUAUAAAGUCAGCUUCGCAUGCUUCUUGCCUCCAGAGUGGGGACUGACUGCCACGACCCGACCAUGAACGCAGAGGCUGCCCCUGCGCCCAUCUUCCAGGCCGGAGAGGACUGCCGGCCCGCUUGGCAAAAAGCGGCGGCCGGCUACGAUGGGCCCGACACGCACCUGCAGAUACUGGGCAAGCCGGUGAUGGAGCGCUGGGAGACCCCCUACAUGCACUCGCUGGCCGCCGUAGCCUCCUCCCGAGGGGGAAGGGUCCUGGAGGUCGGCUUCGGGAUGGCUAUUGCCGCCAGCAAGGUGCAGGAAGCCAACAUCCAGGAGCACUGGAUCAUUGAGUGCAAUGAUGGCGUCUUCCAGCGGCUGCAGGAAUGGGCCCAGCAUCAGCCCCACAAGGUCGUCCCCUUGAAAGGCUUGUGGGAAGAGGUGGCACCCAACCUGCCCGAUGGACAUUUUGAUGGAAUUCUGUAUGACACCUACCCCCUCUCUGAGGAGACCUGGCAUACCCACCAGUUCAACUUCAUCAAGGCUCAUGCUUUCCGCCUGCUGAAGCCUGGCGGUGUUCUCACUUACUGCAACCUGACAUCCUGGGGAGAACUGCUGAAGACCAAGUACACAGAUAUCACAAAGAUGUUCGAGGAGACCCAGAUUGCAGUCCUGGUAGAGGCAGGUUUCAAGAAGGAGAAUAUCAGCACCACUGUGAUGGACCUGGUGCCCCCCGAGGAAUGCCGCUACUACUCCUUCCCCAAGAUGAUCACCCCAACAGUCCUCAAACACUGAGGGUGCCCAGCUUCCUCUUUCUGUCAGGCUGACCCUGGAAUGGGGGCACCAGGGACUCUCCAGCCUGCCGGCGCUAGAGCCGAGGAUUGCUCAGUAGAUCCCAGCCAACUUCCUAACAGGACUGACAGGGGAACUUGACACAAGAGAGGCAGAGACAAGCAGGGGGAUUGAGGGACUCUCUAGUCCUGUCUCUUGACUCAAAGCCUCCAGGGUGGCAAAGUGGCUUCUAUUUCAAUACAACAAACACAUAUUAAGCUCUGGUUAGAGUCCAGUGCUAGAAGUUAAGGCUCAGGGUUUUUCUGCCUUUUGAUUUGUCUACCAUCUCAGUCCUUUUAAGCUGCUCAGGGCCUUUAUUUGUCUCAUCUGUAGAAAGGGUGUAUGUACCUGCUUGACAGGAAUUGACUACUCUCAGAAGUAAUAGUCUAUCUAAAUGGGAAUUUCUUAUCCAGAAGCCACUGCAAGGAAUUGUUUUAAGGAAAUGCCCCUUCCUUGGUUUAUCAAGUGCCCAUAAUGUGCUCCUUGGUGCUGGAGAAGUACCGAGAAGUCUAGAGCUUGGCCCCCUGCCCUCUAGGGGCUUGUAUCCCAUCUUUUAUAUUGAUAAUCCAAGGGUGAGUCCAGGGGCCAAAUGUUCAUGUCACGGGGUUUCCCCUCAUUGGGCGGCUUCAAACUUGUUGGGGAUGGGAUUCUUGUUCAGGUUAUAGCCGAGCUAGACUGGAUGGUCUCUGAGGUCCCCACAGCCUCUACCGAGAGCAGGGAAAAUGUUUUUAUCUUUCUUUGAAUUCUCAGGUCUGACGCUAUGCUUAAUAAGUUUGUUGACUGAUUAAGGCCUUUCCUUUGAGACGGGUAAAGAGUAACCCCAUUUUAUAGAUCACAGAGAGGCAUUGUAUCACCUGGACAGUAGCCAGAGCUGGCCUUGGAGCCAGGAAGACCCGGGUUCAAGUCUCGCCUCUGGCCUCUGACACAUACUUGCCGGUGACUCUGGCCAAGUCACGAAACCUCGUCAUUCUAGGCAUCUCCUUCAGACUAAGCUGCAGUCCUACAUUGGUAGAGGAAGUUUCCUCAUUGGAGAGUUCCCUUUAAUUGAUAAAAUCAGAGGUUCAGUCCCUAUCCCUUUAUAGAUAAAGAAUCUGAGAAGUGACUUGUCCACAGCCACUAAAGAUGGAGCUGGGAUCUGAAUUCAGGUCUCUUGAUGCCUAGAGCUCUAUCAAACUGAGGUCCAGAGGCUGAGGGACUCUAGGCCCCAGGCAUGUUCCACUACACCCUGUUUGUUCCCUUUUAGUCUGUUUCCCUGCUUAAGUCCGUUUGGAAGCCUUAACUUUUACUAAUACACUUCGAGGCCCCCUCUGUCCUUUGUUCAGAUUCUGGUGCUCUUCAAACCCGGGGCUCUGCUGGGGCGCCAGAGGUCCUGCGGGGGAAGGGAAGGCCCUGCAUCUUCUCAGUUGUAGCAGAAAGUCUGCUGCUCAAAUAAUAAAGGAAUUCUGACCUCA